AUGCCGAGGUACUUGAAAGAUUUGAAAGGUCUCUCUUCCAAAGAGAACAAAACACAAACCACGGCACCGAAAACCACUCAAGCGAUCAUAAAUACCACGACAUCAACCACUCUACCAGCUUCUUCUGCACCCACAGACCAACUUCAAUACCUUCGCUACAGCCUUCCAAGCUCAACCCUCAAACCACCAGCAAAAAUGCAACUCACCACCAUGAACGCUUGCGACCGCAAGAUCUACACUGGAUGCGAGAUCCAGCGCAAGAUCUACACAGGAUGUGAAGUUCAGAAGAAGAUCUACACUGGCUGCACUGUCCAAAAAAAGAUCUAUACUGGCUGCACCGUCAACUAA